AUGCCGGGCUUCGCGGACUGCACCGAGGUUGGGCCAUACUGUCCCGUUCAAGCCACCACCUAUGGCUACUAUCCCAACUUGGGUGCCAACAUCUUCUUCACAGCCUAUUUUGGCGUGUUGGCCCUCUUCCAAAUCGGGUUUGGAAUCUACUUUCGCACCUGGACCUUCAUGAUCGCUCUCGGGGCGGGCGCCGCGAUGGAAAUGGCGGGUUACGUCGGUCGAGUGCUGAUGCACGCCAAUCCGUGGGAUGAGAGCGCAUUCAAGCUCCAAAUCGUGUGUCUGGUCCUCGCGCCCACCUUCGUCGCGGCGGGCGUCUACCUCACCCUCAAGCAUAUCGUCUUGAAUCUGGGGCCAGAGCACUCCAAAUUGAAGCCCAAGCUGUUCACAUGGAUCUUCAUCAGUUGCGACGUCGGCUCGUUGGUCCUGCAAGCCGCGGGUGGUGGUGUCGCGGCCGCUGCGGGUAAGACCAACCAGUUCCUCCUCAAGGUGGGCGACAAUAUCAUCAUCGCGGGUAUUGCCUUCCAGGUGGCCACCAUGGCCAUCUGUGGCCUGCUCGGGGCCCAUUACUUCUGGACCUUGCACCGGAGUGGGAACGGUCUGGCCGGAGAGAAGACGCUGGAGGAUGCGUCUCCCUCCGUCACUCCUUCACGCAUGAAGCUCGUGAUCAUUGCCGAGGUCUUUGCCUAUUUCACCAUCUUGAUUCGGUGUAUCUACCGGAAGGAAGAAGAAGAAGAAGAAAAAGAAGAAGAAGAAGAAGAAGAAGAAGAAGAAGAAGGAAAAGAAGACGAGGCUUGCCACAGUUCAAUCAGUAUUUUGCUAACAUACUUCAACCUAUCUAGUAUCCCCGAAAUGGCAGGUGGCUGGGGUAGCCCUCUCAUGCAAAAGGAGAAUGAGUUCCUCGUCCUCGACGGAAUGAUGAUUGCCCUUGCUUGCACCGCUUUUACCUUGGUCCACCCUGGACUCUUCAUCCCGUCGAUGCGCACGGGAUACAAGAAUCGACCCCAGAGUGCUUGA